ACCCAAGUUCACAAGGUUAAUAUUGUGUAACUGCCCGGCGCCUAGCCUCCAGUUUGUCUUAUUCAUCUUAACGUCCUUUCCACGAUGGUUAACAAAGAUGAACACGUCCUGCUUACGCCGUCGAUGAUUCCUAAAUCACAUAACUUCGACGUCAAGAUCUCAUCAUUUUUUCAAAAAUGGAGCGAGCUACCUUCCCCCGAAGCGGUUCACGCGCAAGCCAGAUCUCAAAAUCUCGGAGUCAACCCAGACAAUAGGAAGACGUCCCCAAUGACUACCCCAUGCGUCAGGCCACCACCUGUGAUAUUCGAAGAUAUGGGACUAUUUGUAAAGUGGGGAAGCGAUGUGAAGCUAUCCGAAGCCCUAGGUCUGUACGCCAUCUUCCGAUUGCUUAAAGGUCGUGUCCCAGUCCCUGAGGUUUACGGGUGGCGUACACACGGAGAAGAAAAGUUCAUUUAUAUGGAGUACGUUCGAGGACAGACGCUAGAUCAGGUAUGGGAAAGUAUGGAAGCCGUUGAUCGGGCUGGGAUUUGUUGCGAGUUGCGCGAAAUCUUUGACCAUUUACGUCGACUUGAACAGCACCCGUUGGACAAAUUCGUAGGGAACAUCACUCGAGGUCCUCUUUAUGAUAGAGCAUUUCACAUAAACUAUAUGUCAGAGGCAGGACCAUUCGCUACAGUUCAUGAAUUUCACAACUGGUUCACGUUUCUUCAUCGAAGGCCAAUGCCCGAUCCACACUCGGUUCCAGUGGAGCCAUUCCGUUAUGAUCUUCCUGAUGACUGUGGCAUUAAGUUCACCCACGGUGAUCUUCACCGCAGUAAUAUCAUUGUCACUCCCGGUCGACCAUAUCGCGCUUUAGCUGUUGUCGAUUGGGAACAGUCCGGCUGGUUACCUGCUUACUGGGAGGCCCGCAAGGCUCAGUAUACUGCGGAUCGGCAGGAAGAUUGGUCCACGAAAUAUUUGCCGAUGAUCCUAGAUCAAUACACUAAGACGUGGGACCCAUGGGACUACUACACUACGGCUAUGGGGUGUUAGUAUCACAGUGUAUUUGUGCUCCACAUAUCGAGAGACAAGUGCGGAUCGGUUGAUCGUUUCUCAGUCCAAAGAUAAAUAAAGAAGGUUGCCCCCGGAUAAUACUACCAUUCGGACUGUUGGAAGCUUACUACAAAGAUGGCGUCAUUAGUCCCGGUUAGUUGUGGUUUGUUCUGUUUGGCAAAGUAUACUAAUAAAGUCAAAUUCCCUCUGUCUGCCAUUCCCUAACAGCACUACUUAUUGAAUAACAUGAAAGCCUUGCUGUCCACCCCGGGUUCAUGGUAGUGUCCUCUUUCAUAAGCAUUUGAAAAACAAGAUAAAACAUAUAGCAGAUAAGUCAAACCAAAUUGAGAAUUACUCCUUAUAUGACCCUUGGAGCGGUUUGCACGACUGAGCUGGCGCUGCUUCCUAUGAACCCUUCUUCAACCAGUCUGCGGACGUAAUCCUGCAGCCAAUCUUGA